AUGAUCUCAAUCACAAUUUCACUCUACUUAUCGACCAAUCUGCUACUAGUGUCGAGUAUCAAUUGGGACAGUGACAUUGUGCCGACGCAACAGGAAUUGGAAAAUGCCAAAAAAGAUGCCUUAUCUUUGUACUUUGGGAUCAAGGCAGAGGAAAAUCAGACGUUAUUUCGAGGCUGGAAGGAGAUGAAGAAGGUCGUCGGGGACUUUGAGGAUGUCCCACUUAAAGAGUAAGUGCAAUUUCGACACAUUUUUGAUCUGGCAAAUCCUCAAUAUAAAUUUUUUUAAAAUUUUAAUUUUUUGAUUCCGCGAAACAAAGGUUCAAUUUGCUAAUGUAGACCAGAAAAUUGAGGCCUAGUAUACGAAAUAGUACAAGCUCACGGACUCUCCUACAUUCCACAUUUUACAUUUGGACCAUUAUUGAUGUUUCCUCAACGGUUAAAAAAAUUUAAAAUGUUUCCAGACAACGAAAUCACAAUUACAAGGAGAUGACCGUGUGGCUGAACAAGUAUGCCAACAAGUUCCCCUUCAUCACCAAACUCCAUUCCAUUGGCCAGAGUGUUCAGGGCCGGGAACUGUGGGUCCUAAUUAUUGGAACAAACCCUCGAGAACACGAACUUCUCAAGCCCGAAUUCAAAUAUGUGGGUAAUAUGCAUGGAAAUGAGGUGGUUGGGAGAGAGGCCUUGUUGUAUCUGAUCCAUAUAUUAUGCGAGAAUUACGGGAAAAAUGAUUAUUUGACUCGGAUGGUGAACACAACGAGGAUUCACAUCAUGCCCUCGAUGAAUCCGGAUGGGUAUGAGAUGGAUCGGCCGGGCGAUCGGGUCGGGUAUAUGGUAAGGGACCGGGUUUUAGAUGAAUUGGACCUUUAGUUAGGUCUUUUUUGAUCAAAAUCAUAUUACAUCUGCCUAAAGUCAUACGAAAUUUUGUUCUAGGGCCGCGCCAAUGCCAAUGGAGUCGAUUUGAAUCGGAAUUUCCCAGCGCGACAUCCCGAACAUGCAGAUGGAUCGGGCGGGACAGAGCUGCAGCCGGAGACAGUGGCUGUAAUGUCGUGGCUAAAGUCGGAACCUUUCAUUCUCUCCGCUAAUCUCCAUGGGGGAAGUUUGGUUGCCAACUAUCCCUACGACGACUCCGAAUCCGGCAAAGACGGGAUCUAUACGCCGUCGAAGGAUGACAAACUGUUCGUGGAGAUGUCUUAUAAUUAUGCUCGGGCUCAUUCCAAUAUGUAUAAAACGGGCAGAAGAUGCGGACUAAGUGAAUACGGAGACGCCUUUUACCAUGGAAUCACCAAUGGAGCUGGUUGGUAUGUGCUGACUGGUGGGAUGCAGGUAAAUCUUGUCUUUUUUUACUAUUAUUCAUAUAAAUCAAUAUAAUGAUUAUUUCAUUGUCAGGAUUGGCAAUACGAGCAUACAAAUUGUAUGGAGAUCACUAUCGAGAUGGGAUGUUUCAAGUUCCCGACCGAUGAGAUGAUGCCAAAACAUUGGGCUGACCAUAUUUAUUCCUUACUUUCCUUUAUGGAACUUGUUCAUCAAAAUGUUUACGGAGUAGUUAAGGAUGAAGAUGGCCAGCCGAUUGCUAAUGCUACGGUGGAAAUAAUUGGUGGAGGUCAAGGAAAGGGUGUAAAGACCACCGGUUUGGGGGAAUACUGGAGAGUUUUGGUUCCUGGAAAUUAUACUGUAAGUGUCUGCUACAAUAUAAAUUGCUAAUUUUUUUACUACAAUAUAAAUUUUUGAAUGGUAUGAUAAAAAUACAUUUCAAUUUAAUGUUUGUGACAAUUUGCAGUUUCGAGUAACCCAUCCGCACCACGAAGCACACGAAUUCAACGCUACAGUACUCCCCAACAAGUCCACUUUACACAAUAUUACAUUGGAGGGGACCAAAUGUGAUUCCGAUGACAAUUUCAAACUCGGAACCUUUAUUAGAGGCUAUGGCAAGAUAAAAUUGGCAAUCUUCGGAGCCGGUGAUCCGAAAACAGCCGACGGUCUCAGGGAAUUUAGUGGGGAGUCCUGCCAAGGAACCAAACUUUUGGCCGGACUACCAGCUGAAUUGAAACAACGAUUACAAAUUAUAAUUGUACCGAGCUAUUCCAAGGCCGAUCACUUGGAUUAUAUUCGAUCUCUGAAGCCCGAUGCAGUGCUGGUUUUGGCCAAUGGACCAGCUGAAUUGAUCACUUUUAAUGCUGGCCAGACUCAACCAAAAAGUUUUAACAAGAAAUUAUUCGAACAAACAGUCAAAAAGUAAGUUUUCACAGUUUCAUUAGGCGUUUUACUGGCUUUUUAGUACUUUGAUAGUACCAUGAAUACAAUUUUAGCAUUAACACAGCUUUCGUGAUAUUCGACUUGUUGACACUACUAUUUAAAACAUAACAAAUUACCCUCAAUCCAGGGGAUAAUCGUAUUUGGACUAUUGGGGGAGCGAUUACUUUUUAUUUUAUUAUUCACAAUUACAAGUCUAGAGACUACUUUUUACGACGAAAAAUAGAAAAAAUUACGUGACAUCCCUGAGAACUCUUUAAAUAACUGAAAAAAAUUAAUUUUCUUAUAUUUUUUAUAACGUAAUCUUUCUUUAGACUGUUUGGAGACUCGGAAUGCGGCCCCAACGACGGAUCUCAAUUAACGGCUUCGGAAUUGGCUUCAAAUAUAAAUGCCCUGGGGCUAAACAACGCGUUCGAAGUGGGUGUGGGAGUCGGAUGCAACCAGUCGGGGGGCCAUUUCUCCAGUAAUCUCUACUCUCUGAUAAAGGUGAGUUGUACAGUACCUGAUGUUAAUGAUUGUACAGUACUUGGUGUUUAUGAUUUAAAAAUGGGCAAUGCCUAAUACAAUAUCGAAAAAAUGUGAAGAUUUUUUGUCUUGACUUCUAAAAAGCAUGAAAUUAAAAUUCUUACUGUGAAAACUAACUGUAGGAGUUUGUGGCAGCAGAAAAUGUUGGCUCUGAGCAAGUGUGUUUGAGUGCUAACAAUGUGGUGGUGUCUGGAAAUGUCGACUUUACACUUUUUCUUCUUUUUCUGCUCUUAAAGUAGGUCUUUUUUCAAUUAAUUUGGCUGGAAAUCUCUUUUCUUGAAUUUUUCAACUGUCCAUUUUAUCUUAUCCCACAGCACAGUGCAGCUUUUUUCUUAAAAAUCUCAAAGAUUGAAUUUGUUUUAAUCAUUCCUUAGGAAAUAUAUUUUUUGCAAAAAAUAACCUCUCCUCACUAUCACCCUAAAUUUAAAUUUUACCUCGGAAUCUUACUGCAACUGACGUCUUUUUUUAUUUCUAGCAUCUUGGUCUGAUUCCCGAGCCGCCGACGCCCUUUUUCCCGUUGCUUCGGAUGCGUUCCUCGAUCGAAGUCUGAGAGAUUACUGUAAAUGGGCUUCUAUUAGACGAUCUACUACGCUUUCCACUGCUAUAUAACCUCAAUCCAUUGUGAAAUCUCAGCCUUUUGUGUUACAGUAAACUGGUUUUCUUUCGCUUUGUGUGCCGUCUUUUUGAGGUAGAAAUAUUUUUUGUUUUUACAUUUUUUGGACAAAAAAAAAAUUAAAAAAAUCUUGAGAUUGAGAUGACGUCAUUUCGGAGCAAAAUAACUUUAAAAAUUUUAAUUUGAAUGUUCUAAAACUUUUUUUCGAAAUUUGAAUUCUUUGAUAAUAAUUUAAACCCCUUUUCCCUUAAUAAGUAAUAAAUUUUCCCGAUUUUAGGACCUCGGAACAACUUUGAAAAAGGAUCGAGUCGAUGAAUACUCGGUGAUUCCAUCGAUAAAUCCCACGGAUCAUUUCUCGCCGGAGGAAGCCGAGCUCUCGACUUCGAUUGGCUUGGAUCGGAUAACUGAAGAUGCCAGUUGUCAGCCCAAGAUUAUUCAACAUAGGGACCUGAAAUUGAGGGCUUUUGGCAACCACAAGGGACCUUAUACACUGGUGGUCGCUGUGGAAGUGGUAAAUUUUAUAUUAUAUAUGUAAAUAUAUUGUACUUGGUAUCAAUAUGUCCAUUACGAUUACUAUUCCAGAAAACAGAAGCCCUCCUGUAUCAUCUCGGAUCUCGUCUCUGCAACGAGACUGAGGACGCGAAACAAACGCCUGAGGCCCAUCAUGUGGAGAACGUCCUCCGCCAUUCUACGGUAAUCCUUCUCCCGGAGAUUCCUCAUACUCAAAUAAAUUGCCAUGAUUAUCCGACCAUAGCUCCAUUUAUUCCAUUAUUUUCGGAAGUUUUGGAAGUCAUUCCGGAGAUCGAUUACAUUGUAAUCAUGGCUUCUGGAGGAGUGAAAGUUAGAUAUAUCGAGACCGAGAAAAGGAUUACAAAAGAAUCUUUCGGGGAGGAAUUGGGACAUCUUUACGUGGAAAACCAGGAUGUGAUGAAGCAGGUAAGAGAGUGAUACAGUAUGAAAUUAUAUAUUUUACUACUCUAGGAAGAAUAAUAAUCAAAAUUGUAACUAAUUUGCUCAAUAUUAUUUGCUGUUUCAGAACGAUCAAGAUGUUUGUGCGAAUGACAAGCGACCAGGUCCAGUGUUGGCCCCGUUUAAUUGGGCAGUCCCAACUCUUGCCCCGAGGCUGAAACUGCCCAAAUCUUGGAGGCCAAUGGAGGCGCUUCUAGUCCAGACGGCCUGUUGUUAUGAGCCUCGGGGGGUUCAGCAUCUCUUCGACGAAAACAAAAAGGCCCUCUUUGCUCUCUUGGAUAAGGUAACACAUUUUUUGGUAACCACAGAGAUCAAAAUAUUACCCUAAAUUUGGUCACAUUACUAUUUGAAGAGCAAAAAGUUUUAGUGUCAAAUCUAAAAAUAAUUUUUACACUACUGCUUUAAGGUCUAGGAGCUAAAUUUAGACCCAAUUUUGAAUGCAGCUCAGGUUUAAAUUCCUCUUUUUUCCUUCCCAUUGUAGUUUAAUGUCCCCAAAAUAACUUAUUUCCACAAUUUUUGAUCCCUUAGUUACCCUGAACUUUGGUCUUUGUAUAAUUUUUGAAUUUCAAAUUACAAACAGACCUCUGACUCUGAAUGUUGCGUAAUCGAUUUCGUCCUUCCCCUUAGGCAGAUGGUUUCAUUUUGCAACCCAAAAUCUUCGACAUGGCCUCAUUUCUCAAAUAUUUCGGAUUCAAAAAGGGGGCGAAGGAUGGAAUUUGGGGAAUGAAUCAUUUGGAGAAAUUGGAAUAGCUCGGAUUGUGAAGGGAUUUCCAAAAAUAAAUUGAAAUUCCGGUAUAAAUUCGUGGAUUGCGAACGGGGAAUCACUGUGUGAGAUGAUUGGGGAUCCUGAAAGCAAGAUUUUCAACUUGUUCUUAAACUUUGAUCAGAUUGUUUCGAAAUUCCGACAUUAAUUUUAUAUUACAAUAGGCUUUCUUUUGACUUUAUUCUAUUUUUGUGACUUUUUUUUGUAGAUUUUCGUGUUUCGAAUAUUAAUCAUCUUAAUUUUCCGUAAAAUUUCUGUCACACAAAGGCUUUGUUGUCACACUUUCCUCUCUUACAUUUUGAUCCCAAAUUUCCAAUUUUCUUCCAAUUUGAUCUCGAAAGUCCCAUUAUUCCCCCCGAGUGGCAUCCAUAAAAUGCUUCACUCGGCGUUCUCUAAACUUUGACUUUUACCUCAGUAUCAGAGAACGCGGAAGAACGGACGGGAAAGGGGAAUAAGAAGAAAAGAAUAUAAAAAAGGGAAUGAGUCAGGUUGAGACGGUUCUCUUCUCGUUUUGGACGGGCCGUUUAAGGAGGGAUGGAGUUAACGGGGGCUAAGGAUCCCCGGAUUCCGAAGCCUUUUCACGAAGAGUUGGCUUCAGAAAGGCCAUUAUAUUAUGCUAGACGGACCUUUCCGAAAACAGGUUGGUCUAGUAUAAUAUCGGGCGGUCUUUGGACCCGACCUAUCCAUAUUUUACUGUGCAGGUGUCCUUUCUAUUACCGUCUGCGCCAAAUUUGUUUUCGAAUGUAUAAACAGAUUUAUUUUCGAUCUUUUUGAUUCCCGGGUCAAGUGCAAAGUAAUGUAAUCAGGAGCUUGUUCUGUCUCCACUUUUGCCACAGUUUAUUUUUACAUAGUGUAACUUGCCUCUUUAUACAGCAUUAAUAAGUUUUCCGAUGAUUCAGGUCAAAAGGCUUUUCAUAUUAUCCUUUAUGUUUAAAAAGGUCUCUCUGCCCAUGAAAAGUCUUUUGUUUGGUUUCAAUUAGUUUAUUUCCUAAGAAAAGGGAUGCCAAAAGAUGGCUGGCCAUUUCUUGGAAGGGCCUAAAAGCAAUGAUAUUAGCCCAAAAGUCCAAGAUUAUCAGCCCCAUUUUAGAGACCAAUGUGAUCCGCUUUUUGUUUUGUAAUCGUUUCUCUUUCUAAUUACUGUGUCUUCUCUAUGCGGUAGUCCAUUAUUAUUUAUUUUCUAGACACAAUUAAGACCCGGAAAUUGGGUGCUCUUCCUCUUUUUUAAUUUCCGGAAUUAAACUUUUUUUAUUUAUCUCCUUUCUCUUCGUCUCCCAUCCCCUCUCCGCAUAACAUAACAGAAAGCAUAUAUACUUUUAAAAAGUCUCCACAAACCGGACAGACACAACAUUCGAAAAGGAACACUUGUCUCCAUUCGCCCGGAGGGGAUUAGUUCGAGGUGUGGGGAGAGAGUGUGGGGAGGCGAGAGACGGACAGAGAGACAGCUGUUUUUUUUCUCUUCAUUGUUUAGGGUUUGGGUUGUCUGCCUCAAAUUUUAUUUUUUCCGGCCAUAAUUACACGCCGGAUUGGCCAUAUUUGGGGGAGAUAUGGCCCAUUCACUUUCAUAUGUAGACAGAGGCCAUUCGCCCUGCGGGGAUUAGGUCUUUUGGGUGCGGAGUUUGUAAUGUUUAUUAAGUCUUGUACUUUUUGUCGGUGCCUGCCAAGUUUCUCUACUUUUUUAGAGGAAAACUAGCGUUCGAGAACUUUACCUUCUCAUUUUCAAUGCUAUCAGAGUUCUGAAGUACCUUAUGUCAUAUCCAAUUUGGUUUGUUUUACCUACUUUUUAGACUACGGUCUUGUUUUUGAUGCUUAUUAUUCAUGACGUCAUCGAAUGGGUUAAUUUUGAAUUUAUUGGCUGUUGUUGGUCUGGUCUUGUAUUUUGCCAAAGUCUAGGGUCGUUUAUAUUUCGAAAUUAGUCAUUCCCUUCAAUUUUUUUUUGUUUUUGGACAUUUCAAAAUCAAGUGUAACGUGAAUCCAAAGCCAGACAUAUCCGAUUGAUCCCAAUUUCCUGGUCCCGACUUUUUAAUAGUAUCACAAGCAAGUGUUCCCCGUGAUUUGAACAAAUUAUGGCCCCGUUCCCAUUAAUCAUCCUCUUUUUUCAGCGUGUUCAAGGUGUAACGGGAGUGGUGUCCCAGGGCGGCGGUGGGCCGCUGGGAAAUGCCACCGUAACCAUCAGAUUCCUGGAUCUGAAGGAUAAGGAGAUCGGCUUCUCGACGGUCAAUUCAGGGUAUUUCCAUCGAUCCCUGCUGCCGGGAAAAUACCAACUGACCGUCUCUCAUCCAGGAUGCGAUGACUCCGAUCCCUACGAAUUUGAGGUGAGCAUAAAAUUAUUUUUGAAUUUCGGACUCUUAUUUUAUCAUUUUCAGUUCGAAAAGGAUAGAAUUAGAUUAUUUUUUGUUUGGUUUUGUUAUAGAUGCCAUGGAGAAUAUACGAAUUUUUGAUUACAAAACUUUUUGGACCUCAGAAAGACAUAAAACAUAUCUCAAAUACAAACUACAGCCCUAUGAAAAUACUAACUUUGUCCAUAAGAGUCGUUCGAGAGGCUACGCACAUCUCCCAAAAAAAUGGCGAUGACGCUAUAAAUAGAUGAUGUCAUUAGAAAAAAGAUGGUGGGGGUGGAUUCUUUUUUCCUCCAAACGUAUUCUCCCCCUUUUUUGAAUUGCUUAUGAGUAAAGUGACAGGUGGGAGGAUGCAUCAUUAUUGCCAUCGUGACGUAUGAGAAGGUGAUCUAGGUGUGAGAUCCGCUUUCUUAGAACAAUUAAUUGUAAUGGGGAUUUACUUUUAAGAGAUUUUUGUCGAAAACUCAUGUUUCAUAUAAAAUAAGGUGGAAUCUUUUGAAACGUGGAUUAAGGUGGUCGAGAAGACUCCCUUUAGGCCUUCGGAUAUCUCCUGAGGCAAAUGUUAGCAAAAGUCCACUGUAAGAUAACAAAAGUAUCAAUGUUUACACUUUUAGCACUUGUGUCUACUACAAUACAAAAUUGUGUGAUUUCAGGUGAAACCGUCAGCCAAUACUCAUUUGGAUCUCAUUCUUUAUCCUAAGGGUACCUUCAGAUUCCGUCAUUUCAUUGCGGGCUCUCUUUCGCUGGUCGUUUUGGGAUUAAUUUUUGUAAGUUUAUAUUGUUUUAGACGUGAAAUUUUCCUUAAACUGUGAAUGAUUUGAAGUGUAGUUUAGAGAAUAAUACGAAUUGUUUCAGUAUCUGAUAUGCGGUACAAGAUGUCGUCGACGAUUUUACCCCGAGAUGGAUGGCUUCGAAAGAGUCCCCUUGAAGGAUUACGCAAGUGACGACGAAGAAGAAGAAGUACUCAACUUUAGGCCAGAAAAACGAUAG